AUGGACGGCAUUUCAGGUGCUGUCGGGCUCUUCUCCCUCAUACUACCAGCCGUAACGAGCCUCAACUCCAGAAUCUGCAAGGUUGUUGGCGAAAUAAGCGAAACAAAGCGCGCCGCCCAAGACCCCAAGGUGCUCAAACAGCUGCAAGAGGAGCUAGCCACGUGGGACCAAGUGCUCCAGAGCAUUAACAACAUCAAAGGGUCUGAUGGUCAGCUUAUAGUCAAGGCAACGUCACACUGCAAAAAGUAUGAAAAGGCGUUGCUCAAGACGAACAAGUGUCUUGAACGGUUCCGACAAACGGAGGUGGAGGACUGGGGGGAAAUCACUAAGAUCCUCCUAAAACUUAAUGAUCUGAGAAAGUCGCAUGAACGUCACCGAAAGGAGGUGGAAAGAUGGAUUCUCAGUAUUAACACGAUCAUGGUCAAUCUGACCCACGAGAAGCUCACCCGUCAUGAAAAACGUUAUUCUGAAGCCUCCGAUGCGCAAGCACACAAACUCGAGAGCAUACAUGAACGGAUCGAGGGGAUAGAAGCACUGCUCAAGAACUUGUCCCGGGACCACAACACGAUGCAGCAGACGGAAAGAACCAGCCCCGUCGCAGAGUUGGCUGCCAUCGCAGAUGAUCUGCGCACCAUCUGCUCACAACAGAUAGUAGAGAGUGUUGUAAGCAUGAGGACAAGGGACGAAAUGUACGACAGCAGCUGUGAAGAGGACGUAAGCGAAGUUGGAAGUAAGGACUCACUCGAAGGAUCGUUUGAAACGCGACGCCAGGGUUCACUUACAACUAGAAGCCAAGGGACGCAAACCAUGCUCAGCUACCCAAAUCACGACGACAUCACCGACUUUGUUGAUUCAAACCCAACGCCAACGAGUUCGAGGCUUCAACUUGAAGAAUAUUCUAAUGACGAAUCGGCUUGGGAUACUGGCUCAAGGAACGAGUGUUUCAGUGAAAUAGGAUCCAGCUCUUCAUUCACUACUGGCCACCUCGAUGGGGGCGUAGAUGUCAUGGAUCAAGCACGCCCCGAAGAUGAUUUUGAUCAGUACACUGCGUCAAAUAUCGUUCUAAAGAAGCUCGAGUCAUCUACUAUCAAGGAGUGCGAGCGAGUUGUAGCGGGUUCCUUCGGCCAGGCCACACGCGGAGGUCCCGAAGUCCUGACCAUGGACUCGGAGGAAUGGCACAAAGGCGUAUGGGAGCGAUUCUGGUUCUCGAAGGGCUACACGAUCGGCAUCGCAUUCGAAAGAGACUGGGGACCCUUCCAAAGCGACCUAGGUCUGGCGACCUUGUCGAAUGCAUUGUACGUGAACGUUCUGGAGUCGGUUGUCUUGUCGACCAAGGCCUUUUAG